AUGCCUAACUACGUCUCUCACGUAGACACGGACGCUGACAUACGCAUCUCAAAUCGCGGGCUCGAUUUCAAUCAUGGUGCUUCUGGAAGCAGCAGGGCAGGGCCUGUCGGUGGUGAUACGCACUCGGCUAAGACGUCUGCCCAGAUGUCGUCUGCACACAAAGCACCACUCACCACCCAUCCUGACGGACGCGGUGAUGGUAUAGGACAGUCGGACUCUAUCCCGCCGCACGUCUCUCGAUCUGGAAAGUCCAUCUCCAUCCAAGAAGGACUGCUCCGCGUACCUGAAGGUGGCCAAGGUCAUGUAAGACGGCCUGUAGAAACUUCCAUUCUGGACCUUGAUACGCCACUAAAUACAUUCGGGGAGCUUUCUUCCUCUUCAUGUUACUACGAGCCCCAAGGAGAACUACUACAAGAAAGGAGUGACCAGCGCUCAUUACAAGGAGACUUCACGAUACCGCAACCAGUCGGGCCAUCGCACUUUACUUCGGCUUUCGCGACGGACAAUCUCGACAAGAACGACGGCUUUGCCAUACCGCGAAGACCUUCUGGGCAGACUACCACUGUGGCAGGAGCAAAGAGAAAGUCGUCCUCGGAUCAACUAACCGAAGCUUCGACUUCAGCUAACAAACGUACCAUGCGAACCAUGUCAGAGUCUGGAGAUGAAGCUGUGUCGCCUUCGGAUGUCCAAACGCCAGCAGAGAGUGUUCCUUCGCAAGGCGGCCAAGGUAAUCGUAGUCGCAGUGAUGCAGAUACCCCGGACCCCAGGCCUCGCGCUCAUACGGUAACUUUCGAGUCGAUGCGACCUCCCUUGAGUAAUGGUGGACCAGCCGGUGGCGCGAGGCGUAGCGUGACAGAUCCAAAUGUAUCGAUGCUACUCCCAGCUCGCAAAGUCUUCCCUAUACAAAUAGGAGAUAAGCUGUUCAGACUGUCGGGAGCAAGCAUAUCAAGUGAUGCCCCAUCAUACUUCUCACAGUUCUUCGAAGAACAACUACGACAGAAUGAAGGCGCUGAUAAUGUGCGAACACUUUACAUCGACAGAGAUCCAGCAACAUUCGAGGACAUAGCACUGCACCUCCAGGGCUAUCAUAUCGAGCCCAGAGACGGACCUCACUUCGUCAAGAUCUUUGCAGAUGCGCAGUUCUUCAGCUUGCCACGACUUACAGCGCAGCUUUUCUCUUCCACAAUCUACAUUCGCAUAGGAGAUUCGGAGUUUCAGAUACCUCGAGAUCUAUUCAGUAAUCCCGGCGACUCGCCAAACUACUUCUCGCUUGGCUUUUCGGCCUUCUUCACCACCCCGAACGACGUUUUCCCAGGACUCACAGAGCGAUCACUUCUACGACCGCCUUCCAUACUACCACCCAGCGUACCUGGUCGAUCGGCGAAGACUUUUGCGGACCUACUACACAUCAUCAAAGGAUAUCCAGUCGAGAUUCGAAGUGACGAGCAUCGUGCUGAAUUGCUUCGCGAUGCACGAUACUAUCACUUGAAAGGCCUGGAGCAGCGCAUCAUACCGCACACCAUUUCCUAUAACCUGGCACGGAGGCGAACAGAGAUCUUGAUCCGUCUUGAAGACAUCCGACAAUCAGGAGUUUCAUUCAUGGCAGAUGGUACUCCUGACCCAGGUUCCACAGCACCAUCGCCCGUAAGCACUACGCCAUCCAGUAACGCUCCUGCCAGCCCUGGAUGGGUCUACUACCAUAGACCAUACGUCGAUACAGAAGCCUACAGCUUGAUCAUCGAAAUCACUGGCGAGGAGAGCACUUUCCUCUCAGUUGAGCCUCGCGGAUCCCUGCCGAAUGCCCGGAUGUGUCGAGCCACCUUCUUCAAGCAGACACUUUCGCGGAUCACAAGUCUCUUCAAUGUUGUAGCAAAUAAGAUGAACCUCCCAGUGAUACAUCCUCUGGGUCUGAUGAUGAUGGAGCGCGGCGCAGGAGUCGCGAGUCUACCAGUCAGCCCAUCUAACACGGGCAUGAGCGAGGAGCGGGCCAAGUGCCGGAUCGGUGCCGAUGCGGAUGUCUUUGUUGAUGGAAAACGAUGGACCCCGACUGGUGAGCAGAGCGAUGACCAGGAGGAUGAAGGAACUAGAACGAGAAGUAAGAAGCGGAAGUCGAACGAGGAUGAUGACAAUGAGGGCGAGGAGUGGAUCGUGAGGAAGUCCCAAUGGCGAUUGAGAGUACAGCCUAUGAAUGGUGGGGUGCAGAGUGGCAGGAGUGGUAUGGAGGUUAUCCUUGGUGCUGUGAAGGUUGAGGCGUUUAGUUCUGAGCGAGGGAGGAAUGAGGAGAGGGGGUUCUUGUCUUGA